AUGGACACUCUUCAGCUGUAUUUACCAGACCUUAAGGUUGCCUAUGGAAAACUUGGCCAGUACCAAAGAUUCCAGCAACCCAGAAAGAAAGAUGGCACAUUCAAAAGGAAGGGGAUUGAAAGAUGGCACAGAGCUGCGUCUACCCAUUUCGUAAAACAAAAUUUGUUGUUCCCCAGAGAGAAAUCCUUCAGUGAAAGUGACCCGGGAUCUCGUGCAAGCCAGCAAAAUCAGAAACCAAAAUGGGUGAAGAGAAUCAAGACCGCGUUUAGGAGGACGCUGUCCCACAAGGGCAGAGGCCAGCCAGCCAGUAUCAGCAGAGAGGGCUCCACUCUCCAUGGGAAAGCCCUGGGUCCCCACGCACAAGGCCUUCUUCCUAGGAUUGUCAGGGCGCUUACUUCUCCCAAGUUGUUUACCAAACCAAGAGUGGAAGAGCGCACACAGAAUGCAACUAUACAACUUGAUGUUGUAGAAGCCGAGACAGAGGAGAUAACCCAAGGAAAUACGCUCCUUCGGGCCAAGAGAACCACCAAGCGCUUAUCUGUGACAUCUCUUCCUUCGGGGAUGCAAAAGGUACCAUAUUCACCAAAGAAAAGACUACACUUUCCAACUCUUAAAAAAAAGAAACGUGGAAUUCUCCAAAAAUCAGGUCUGACAAUAGGAGAGCUUCAGAUGCAGGUGGAUGACCUCAAAGAAACAUUGUCGGAUAAAUCCAUGAAACUGUUGGCCCAAAGACUUGCUGAGCUACAACAGUGUGAGCUUCUAGGAGAUGAAAUACUUCAGUCUUCUAAGCAGUUCCAGAAGAUAUCCAAGAGAACCGUGUGGAAGUAUAAACUGAAAAAUAUGUGUUGCCCAUGUACCUGCUGCUUCUGAUUUUGUUUCUGACUAGA